CUCAUACAUGCAUUGUUAAUACAUUGUGCUACUAACUCUUGCUUUACAGAACUUCACCAUUUCAUUUUUACCAGAAAAACCGGUAAUCAAUUCUUUAAUACGUUUUUUACAGUAUCUUAAAGGCAAGAGGGUCUUAACAAUCAUCACUAGGCUGGUUAAAAUGUGUCAUCUAGGGAGUUUCAUGUCAUAUUUCCGUGAGCGACGAUUAAUUGUUGAUUUGUUUGUAAUCGCUUUGGGCAUCAGUUGCUGGGUCUCAAUAAAUGGGUUAUGGACGCAAACACCAAUUUUAACGACUCAGUUACCAGAAAAAUGGAACCUUGCUUCUAGUAUCGUGAUCAUCAUACAAAUGGCAAACAUUGGACCAAUUGCCUUUGGAUUAUUUCGCAAAAAGCUGAAGUCAUAUGAAGGAAUUGUGAUCCACCUGACUCUAGCCAUUGGAGUCUUUUCCUCAAUAUUAUUAGCUAAAUUUUGGAAGACCACUGUACAAAUCGGGACAAAGGAACACAGCCUUCCUUUUCUAAUUUUAACUGGAUUCUUGGCUCUAGUCGAUUGCACCUCAUCAGUUCUUUAUUUACCCUACAUGGCUAAUUUCAAAUCCAAAUAUUUGAUGUCAUUUUUUGUUGGCGAAAGCUUGAGUGGUUUAAUUCCUAGCAUUGUCGCUCUUUUCCAAGGGGUCGGUGGUCAUCCAACAUGUGAAACAACAAUCAUAAACGGAACUAUUCACCGCCAUGCAGUUUAUCCUGAACCUAAAUUUUCUGUGGCAAUAUUCUGUGUCUUCUUGACGGUAAUAAUGAUUUUCAGUUGGGUUUCAUUCACUAUACUGAACUCAUCAUUCUGUCAUUCCGAGUUAUCUCGUGAAAAACCAAUGAAUAAAGAAGAUGAUGACGAUCAAUCGCCAAUCAUGGAGACAACGGAAACAUUUAAAUUAACCAGAAACAGGAUCCGUUACUUACUUUUCCUCCAAGCAUUGAUUAGUGCUUUAACCAAUGGUGUCCUUCCAUCACUUCAAAGCUAUUCAUGUGCUCCAUACGGUACCUUAGCUUAUAGCCUGGCCGUUAAAAUUUCUGGAUUAGCAAGUCCAAUCUGUGCUUUUUUAGCCUUCUUCUGGAAAUCAAAGAUAAACUUAAAGAUGAUAACUUCAUUUUUCUGUUUGGGGCUUUUUUUCUCUUCAUACACAGCUGUUACCGCUGUUUUAAGUCCAUCUCCACCUUUUGUUUCUUCUCCUUUCGGGUCUUUCCUAUUAAUAAUCUCGUGGACCGCAUUGAAGGGAUCCUUUACAUACACUAAGGCAUGUAUUGCUUCAGUAUUUCGUGAUUUCUCCAAGCGAGGACAGUUGGCCCUUUUUUGGGUUGGUGUUUUCACUCAAACUGGAUCAGCUAUUGGCGCUAUACUUACUUUUACUUUACUUAACUAUACCCAUAUCUUCAAAUCUUAUAAUCCUUGCUCAUGAGAGCCCUUGUAGCCCAAAUCGAUGAUUAGCUGAUAUGAUUCCUAAGCAUCUACAAAAUUUUACCUUGCAAGCUUGACCAUUAAUACGGACAGAAAGGCAAUUUUGGUUAGAGGUUAUUUCUGGUUAAAGACAUAUUUUGGCCUUUUAAAGUUGUCAUCGUAAAUUAAAAGUGAUAGUAACUGUAUGUCCAAAAACAGUUUAUCGUUAUUAAUAAACUAAUUUAAGUUAAA